AUGUCCAGAAUUAUUGUUCGAAUUUUUACAUCACAUAACAGUGAAUGUACGUUAUUCUUGUUAGCAAAUAUUUUACCAGAAGUACAUAAUGCAAAUUUAUUAUUACAACGAAAUUAUACAACUGGUGUUAGUAUAUAUGGCAUUAUUACAAAUUUACUUCGUAAAUUACAGAAUCGUACACAAGAUGAUUUUUCCAGUUAUAGAGUUGCUGAACUAUUUGAAAAUUGCCCAAUUAAACAAGCUGAUGAUUUGAAAAAUUAUUUAGAUUAUUUAUUCUCCAUUUCUAUUUUCGAUGAACUUGAUAUUGAAAAAGUCAAAUGGAAAUUUAUUCAACAAUGUUCUACUUUUGUUGCCAAUCAAAAGAUUGACCUCGAUGAUUUAUAUAAUGAUUUUAGUCAUAUCAAAUCAAAAUAUAUUGAUUUAAAAGAAAGAUUCGGUGCAAUCACUACACAAGUACAAUCAUUUAUUGUUCCAAAUUUGGGUCAAUCGAAAUAUAAUGGAGCAUCAGUUAAAAAUGGAACAAACUUAUGCAAUGAUUUUGAUCUUUCAGAUAAUCCUGACGAUAGCGACACUAAUGAUGAUAAACCUGAUGGCAAGAUUUACAAACAUAAGAAAACGAAUAAAUCAAUUCGACCUGACCAUCUAUGGGCUUAUUUGCUUGAUGGUGAACAUGUACCUAAUUUACGAAAAUUGAUUGAGUUUUUAUUUGCUAUUCCUACCUCGAAUUCUUUUUGUGGGAUGUAG